AUGGCCAACAACGUCGAAGCCCCAGAGUCCCUUAGGGACUAUGGUAUUGCCGCACCCCAUGGCCCCAACAUGACUGGCCAGCAUCAAGCCACCCAGGAGAUCGACAUCCGUCACGACAUGAGCGCAAACGAGGCCAAUGUCUUCCAUGCCUUGCUGCACCCCGAUGACCUCUACAAUGCCGAAGGAACCUACUGGGCCGAUAUGCCCCUCGGCCAACGCAUCAAGUUUGUUGGACAUGUCGACGCCGAGGAAGCAAAGGCUGAGGCCAGCUACUUCUGGAACAUGUUCAAGAACGACCCGCUCGCCCCUCUAGGUCACUACUUCCGCACCUGUGUCAUUCCUGGUGCCGGUCUUGGAUUGGAAGGUUACGUCCUCUUCUCUAUUGGCAACGUGCGCCCCUUGCUCAAGGCCGCUUUCCCUGACUGUUGGGGUCACCACAAGACCUGUGACCAGACAUGGCUUCAGGCUAUUGAUUACCUGGAGAUUUGCGGUAUCAUUGUCGGCCAGAUUCUCGUCGGUGUUAUUGGUGACUGGCUUGGCCGCCGUUUCGGUCUCAUCCAGGACGCUACCAUUAUGUUCAUCGGUCUCCUGAUGCUUACUGCCGCUUGGGGUGUUACCGAAAACGGCUGGGUCAUCUGCUAUGUCUGGGCUCUCUUCUUCUACGGUAUUGGUGUGGGAGGCGAGUAUCCCAUGACUGCGACCGCCGGCAUGGAGAAUGCUGUCGGCUCUGGAAAGAUUUCGACAAAGGACGACCGUCUGCACCGUGGAAGGAAAGUCACCAGUGCCUUCCUGAUGCAGGGUUGGGGCCAGUUCUUCAACCAGGUCAUCUUGAUCAUCCUGCUUCUCAUCUUCCACGGCGGAUCGUCGCCGCCUUACUCCAAGACCCUGGCGCAAUGGACCUACCGUGUUUCUUUCGCCAUUCCCGCUGUUGGAACACUCUGGCUCGUCUACUUCCGUUACUUUAAGAUGAAGUCGGCUUCCAAGCAGCUCAUGCUGUCCAAGAAGAAGUCCAACGUUACCGGAUACGACGUCCAGUCGCUGAAGCUCACCUUUACCUACUUUGGUCCCCGUGUUCUGGCUACUGCGGGUGCCUGGUUCGCCAACGAUGUCUUCUUCUACGGCAACAAGCUUUUCCAGAACGAGUUCAUCAGCAUCAUCACGCCUGGCAACAAGUCUGUUAUGGUCGACUGGUUGUACAACCUGAUCAACGUUGGUGUCUCGCUCUGCGGAUACUACCUCGCGUCGAUGCUCAUUGACAACAAGCUCUACGGCCGCAAGUGGAUGAUGAUUGUCGGUUUCAUGGCUGACUUUGUCCUCUUCAUCGUCCCGGGUUUCGCCUUGAACUACUUUACCUCGAUUGAACAUAUUCACGGUUUCCAGGCCAUGUACUUUCUGUCUUCGUUCUUUAACCAGUUCGGACCCAACAGUGUUACUUUCCUCGUCGCUGCCGAGGUGUUCCCCACGCCCGUUCGCGCCACUGCCCACGGAUUCAGUGCCGCGUGCGGCAAGGCUGGUGCACUGCUCGCUGCCGUUCUCUACAACUACAUCGACACGCAGACCAAGUUUUACUUUGUGCCCUGGUUCGGUCUUGCGGGUGCUCUUCUGACCCUCCUCUUCCUUCCCGACACGACUGGUCUCGAUCUCAAGGAGCAGGAGCGUCGCUGGGCGUACAUUCGUGCGGGCAAGGAGAACGAGUACCACGGCAUUGCCAUUCACUGGAAGCACCUUUCGUGGUGGGAGCGUUUCCGUGGACAGCACAAGGGCUACGACGCGAAGCUCGACUACCAGCAGAAGAUUGACGAGAUGCGCGCUGACUGGGUCGAGCGCCAGCAACACAAGUUUUCGGAGAAGAACGGUUGGGAGGGCGCUGAGGCUGAUGAGGACGACCACCAGGACGUGCACAACUACUUCAAGCGCACAACACCGGGCACUCCCACAGGACCUGAGCCUAUGAUGGCGCCCAAGUCCAUGGCGGACAGUGAGUCGGCGGAUGAAAUCAGCCGAGAAAAGAAUUGA